AUGAAACAUUUGUUUGACACUCGCACACAGAAGUGCUGGACAGAACUUAUAGAGAAAGAAGCCUACACCCGUAUAGCCUGGAAAGACAAAUAUGGGGCCAAAUAUUCCAGGGUUCCACCUGCCAUUCCUAACAAGAAGAGUGAAGUUCCCAAACAAACUGCCAAGAAUUAUAGUCUUCCAGCGAUUCAAAUUCCAAGACAGCAGGAAGAAAAAAAUAAGCUAGUUCAGAAAACACCUUCAAAAUCUGAGGAGUUUCAGGAAAUGCGGCCUGUAACUCCUCAAAUUCGAGCUUUAUUAUAUGAUGGCUUUUCAAAAGAACAGAAAGGCAGGUAUCUGUACCUGGAAAAGAGGAAGGUAAAACACCCUGAGGAAAAAUUCCAGUAUCCUAUUCUAUCCUCCUGGGAGUACGGUUGGAGACAGGGUGAUGUCAUCGAGGAACUCCAGUUACCAGUUCAUGGUCGAUUGAGGACUGUAGAUAAUACUUUCUAUUCAAGAAAUGGUGUCUUCUACAAGCCAUCUGCAACAGAUGCUCUUGCUAAGCUACACUGAGAACAGGGAAAAUAUUCCCACAAUAAUAUUUCCAGUAACACCCUGUUUUC